AUGGAUGAUAGUUCUGAUGUGAAAAGCCCUACUAUAAGCGCUGCAGACAGCAGUGGCAGUUCUAGUGUUGAGACCGUGAAGGUAGUGAAAGGCCCUGCUAUAAGCGCUGCAGACGGCAGUGGCAGUUCUAGUGUUGAGACCGUGAAGGUAGUGAAAGGCCCUGCUAUAAGCGCUGCAGACGGCAGUGGCAGUUCUAGUGUUGAGACCGUGAAGGUAUUGAAAGGCCCUGCUAUAAGCGCUGCAGAAGGCAGUGGUAGUUCUAGUGUUGAGACCGUGAAGGUAGUGAAAGGCCCUGCUAUAAGCGCUGCAGACGGCAGUGGCAGUUCUAGUGUUGAGACCGUGAAGGUAGUGAAAGGCCCUGCUAUAAGCGCUGCAGACGGCAGUGGCAGUUCUAGUGUUGAGACCGUGAAGGUAGUGAAAGGCCCUGCUAUAAGCGCUGCAGACGGCAGUGGCAGUUCUAGUGUUGAGACCGUGAAGGUAGUGAAAGGCCCUGCUAUAAACGCUGCAGACGGCAGUGGCAGUUCUAGUGUUGAGACCGUGAAGGUAGUGAAAGGCCCCGCUAUAAGCGCUGCAGACGGCAGUGGCAGUUCUAGUGUUGAGACCGUGAAGGUAGUGAAAGGCCCUGCUAUAAGCGCUGCAGACGGCAGUGGCAGUUCUAGUGUUGAGACCGUGAAGGUAGUGAAAGGCCCUGCUAUAAGCGCUGCAGACGGCAGUGGCAGUUCUAGUGUUGAGACCGUGAAGGUAGUGAAAGGCCCUGCUAUAAACGCUGCAGACGGCAGUGGCAGUUCUAGUGUUGAGACAGUGAAGAGGGUGAAGACACGGACCAUGCCUGACGCAGCUGUGAGAGGCUUCACCCAGCGCUAA